UUUAGCCAUCCAACUUCACUUCAUGAGUUGAACAUGAGUCGUUCUAAUCUGUCAGGGCCUAUUCCUAAACAUCUAUGGAAUCUCACCAACAUAGUGUUUUUGGACCUUAAUAAUAACCACCUUGAAGGACCAAUUCCCCAGCUCCCGAGAUUUGAAAGGCUCAAGGCGUUAUCACUUGGAAAUAACAAUUUGGAUGGCGGAGUUGAGUUCUUAUCCUUUAACAGAAGCUGGACCCAACUUGAAUGGCUAGAUUUAUCAUCCAAUUCCCUAACUGGUCCAAUUCCAUCCAACGUAAGUGGACUACGUAACCUACAAAUACUUUGGUUGUCAUCAAACUACUUGAAUGGGAGUAUACCUUCCUGGAUAUUCUCCCUUCCUUCACUAAGAUUUUUAGACUUGAGCAAUAACACUUUCAAUGGAAAAAUUCAAGAGUUCAAGUCCAAAACAUUAAUUACCGUUACUCUAAAACAAAACAAGCUGAAAGGUCCUAUUCCAAAUUCACUCCUAAACCAGCAGAGCCUAUCUUUUCUUCUCCUUUCACACAAUAAUAUCAGUGGACAUAUUUCUUCAUCUAUCUGCAAUCUGAAAACAUUGAUAUUGUUAGACUUGGGAAGUAACAAUUUGGAGGGAACAAUCCCACAAUGCGUGGGUGAGAUGAAAGAAAACUUUUGGAGUUUGGAUUUGAGCAACAACAGUCUUAGUGGGUCAAUCAAUACAACUUUUAGUGUUGGAAACUUUUUAAGGGUCAUUAGCUUGCACGGGAAUAAGCUAACGGGGAAAGUCCCACGAUCUUUGAUCAAUUACAAGUAUUUGACACUACUUGAUCUAGGUAACAAUCAGUUGAAUGACACAUUUCCAAACUGGUUGGGAUACCUAUCUCAAUUGAAGAUUUUAAGCUUGAGAUCAAAUAAGUUGCAUGGUCCCAUCAAAUCUUCAGGGAAUACAAACUUGUUUACGCGUCUUCAAAUUCUUGAUCUAUCAUCUAAUGGAUUUAGUGGGAAUUUACCAGAAAGUAUUUUGGGGAAUUCGCAAGCCAUGAAAAAAAUUAAUGAGAGUACAAGAUUCCCAGAGUAUAUUUCUGAUACAUAUUCUUUAUUAUACGAUUAUUUGACGACAAUUACUACAAAGGGACAAGAUUAUGAUUCUGUUCGAAUUUUGGAUUCUAACAUGAUUAUCAAUCUCUCAAAGAACAGAUUUGAAGGUCAUAUUCCAAGCAUUAUUGGAGAUCUUGUUGGACUUCGUACGUUGAAUUUAUCUCAUAAUGUCUUGGAAGGUCAUAUACCGGCAUCAUUUCAAAAUUUAUCAGUACUCGAAUCAUUGGAUCUCUCAUCUAACAAAAUCAGCGGAGAAAUUCCGCAGCAGCUUGCAUCCCUCACAUUUCUUGAAGUCUUAAAUCUCUCUCGCAAUCAUCUUGUUGGUUGCAUUCCCAAAGGAAAACAAUUUGAUACGUUCGGGAACAGUUCAUACCAAGGGAAUGAUGGGUUAUGCGGAUUUCCACUCUCAAAACUUUGUGGUGGUGAUGAUCAAGUGACAACUCCAGCUGAGUUCGAAGAAGAAGAUUCACCAAUGAUCAGUUGGCAGGGGGUUCUCAUGGGUUAUGGUUGUGGACUUGUUAUUGGACUGUCCAUAAUAUACAUAAUGUGGUCAACUCAAUAUCCAGCAUGGUUUUCCAGGAUGGAUUUAAAGUUGGAACACAUAAUUACUACGAGAAUGAAAAAGCACAAGAAAAGAUAUUAAUUAGUGUGCACUGACCUGCAGGAUUCAAGCCUACUAAGUUGCUGGGAUGCAAUAGCACGUGUUUUCGUUUGUCAACUGCAAAGUUCAGUUUAUCUUAUCUUUUUUUCAUUACAUCAAGUAAUUUCAAUAGCAAGCUAAUCAUGUAAGGUUCUUGAUGUAUCCAAGUUAGAUAAAGUAGUCCUUAUCGAGAUGAAUAAAAUUGAAGAAUAGUUAAUGUGACGAGGGCCAAUUGAAAACAACCUACCCCACACUCUCUAGACAAAUGAGUGUCGAGAUUUCACAAAAAAAUGCAUCUGUCAGGGCUGAAACUUUGUAUAUUCCAGCAUCCAACAUUGCUUUUCUCAAGGGCACCAGCACAAAUGAUUCGGUUGCGACUAAACCAAAAGUUGUGCUACUUCAUUUUCCAAUUCAAUAGCUCCAUGAAGUCUACAAGCACCCAUCAGAGCCCCCCAAGACAGUGAUAUCAGCUUCAAAAGGCAUCGUACGCUUAUUGUAGUGCAAAUUCAUAUGACAUUUCAAGAGCAUUGCAUCAAAUAUCUUUGAAUCAUAUAUCAAAUAACCCUCAUUCUUU